UCGAUUCACAACUCCAGCUCUUAUUUACCCUGGACUCAGCCGCGGCAGUACUCUUGUUGACAUUGAUGACGGUAACCUUGGCCGUGGCCUAGAACGACCCACCUUUGGGCUGCGUCCAGGUGGAAAACGUCGCUUAUCAUCGAUUCUUGAUGCCGGCCAACGGAACUUGGCCGUAUCUUACCCGGGAGAGGUUGGUACAGUUUGGCUUGACUAUUGGCGCAAGGAAUUGGAUGCUCGAGAAGGUUGGAAAAGAGUUCCAGUUUCGAACGCACUGGGGUCAGCUGGAGCCGGCAUUUUUGUUCGUUAGUGAAGGAUCUCAGUUUGGUGGCGAUCGAAGAAGUGUCUUCGUAACUCCGUUGAUGCGACCGGAUAAGGAAGUUCUGUGGAAGUUGAAGAAGGAAAAAAGUGGAUAUUUUACCAUCCAGAACUUCAACUUGAAGGAAUAUUUGUUCGCGGGGGAACCUCAGUACGGUGGAUGUCAUCAGUUGGGUUGCCAGCAAGUUACAGGGCAAGUAUUCACCAGGAAAAGGAAGAAGCAAAAGACUUUUGGGCCCGAAUUUCUAUGGAACAUCAGCUCGUGCUAGCAAUAACGGGUAGCUAUUAGCGAUUUGUUAAAUCAAGCUCAUUUUGUGCUGAGGACCCAUAUGGUGCAACAGCAGUUACAGCAGGCUAUCAAUCGUACUCCCGGAAUAAUUAAAUUGCGCUAAUUAUUUCAUAAUUUGUAAUGAGAAACCACCCAUUGCAUAUUAAUAACACGCCACCGUAUGAAAUAAUUAAUAACAGUGAAAUGAGAGCGCAAAAAAUGUCACCGCACAUGUGCGCGAUAAAUGGCUUCUGAAAAGGCA